CCUUGACUUUUCCGUUGUCACAUAUAAACUACCUCCACUGCGUUCAACUUAUACGUCCAAUUAAAAUCUAAUUAUUCAAUCACCUAUAAUUUUCCAUUUUAGUGUAAUAAAAAUCAUGUACGAAUUCAUUGUGAGAUAAGAGGAGUUAAACUCACAUGGUCUCGCGACCGAUUCGCGUAAAGACAAUGAAAAUCACAGAAGGAGAAUAUUAUUGUUAAAACCGCAAAGUGUAUAUGACAAAAGUGAAAGAACCGAAAAGUCAUUACAGUUUGAAAAACCGCGACACGAGCACUAUUAAUGAGACACUAAAAAAAAAAUAAUAAAAUUUUUUUUUUUAAUUUCAAUACAUAUUUUCCAAAAUUAUACAAUAGAGAAAGAAAAAUUAAAAAAAAUCAAUUGACUACAUAUAUAAUAUUGAUUAAAAUCAGAUAAAAUACAAAAGAUUUCUCUUUGAUAUCCGCGCGUUUGUCAAAAUUAAUAAUCAAACUAAAUUCUUUUGAAAAAUUAAUAUUAACAAGAAUUUUUUUUUUUGCAAAGUUAAUUGAAAUUAUAUAUUUUACAAAUGUGAUCGUUGGAUUUAAAUGUGAUUUUUUCAUCAAAUGUGAGAUUUUGUUUUCAUAUUUAAGUGACGUAGGUGAAAAAUUAAUUUUUUCGAAAUUGAAAACUAUUAUUAAAAAUAGAAACAAAAAAAAAAAAGAAGCAAUAAUGUCAGAAAAAACAAUCACACCUUCUAUACCAGGGAAAAAUCGACAAUAUUUAGCUGCAACUACAGUGAGUUUGUCGGCCCUUGCUUAUGGAACAUCAUUAGGAUGGGUGGCUCCCGUUCUUCCACGUUUAUUAAGUGAAGAGACACCGGUGGGAAAUGAACCCAUGACAGACGAAACAGCCUCAUGGCUUAUAAGUUCAUUAUGUCUGGGUGGUUUGAUAACGACACCAAUUUUAGGACCACUCGCUGAAAAAUUUGGUAGGAAAUUUGUGGGAUGCCUCAUUGCAUUGCCAUUGAUACUUAGUUGGCUACUAAAAAUUUUUGCUCAAGAUUCAAAUUAUCUUAUUGCCGCGAGAUUUUUCGCUGGUUGCGGUGGUGCUGGUAGUAUUUUUGUAAUUUCACUUUACAUUUCGGAAACGACAAGUGAUGCAAUACGUGGAACUGCAGGAAGUUUUUUGGUUCUUUUUCUCAAUAUUGGAAUUCUCCUCUCAUAUAUCAUUGGACCAAUUUUAUCAUUUAGCUUCUUUGGUAUUGUUUGCCUUUGUCUGCCAAUAUUUUAUCUUGGCUGCUUUGUCUUCUUACCGGAAACACCAGUGUACUUAAUUAGGAACAAUAGACUUAAUGAUGCAAUCAAAUCAUUGUCAUGGUUAAAGGAGGGAAAUAAAUCAGCAAUUGAACAGGAAUUAGUUUAUCUACAGGGUCAAGCAAAGGAAACGAGUUUUUCAAAAUCAGCAAAAUUUUCUGAUCUCUUUAAAGAGAAAGGGACAAUCAAGGGAUUGAUUAUUGCAUUUAUUUUACUUGGUGGACAACAAAUGUGUGGAAUGUUUGUGAUGCUUAGUUAUGCAACGAAAAUUUUCGAAAUGUCCGGAAGUUCCAUUUCACCGGACAUAUCAACAAUUAUUAUUGGAAUAAUGCAAUUAAUUGGCUCUUAUAUUUCAACAUUUCUCAUUGAACGUGCGGGUAGAAAAUUAUUGACAAUAAUUUCAUGUGCUAUAAUGUGCACUUGUCACGUUGUUCUUGGUAUAUUUUGUCAUUUUCAAGCAUUAGAUUAUGAUUUAACAUCAAUUGGAUGGAUUCCUGUAAUUGCCCUUUCAAUAUUUGUCAUGGCACAUUGUUUGGGAUUGGGUCCCGUACCAUUUAUUGUGGUUUCGGAAAUUUUUAAACCCGAUAUUGCAAGUUUAGCGAGUUCAAUAUCAUUGAGCUCAUUAUGGAUUCUUCUCUUUCUUAUUGUCAAAUUUUUCGCUUCAGUAAUGGCAUUAAUUGGAAUUGCCAAUUGUUUUUUUAUUCUCGCUGUAUUUUGUGCUUGUACACUUUUUCUUACAAUUGCCAUUGUUCCCGAGACAAAGGGUCGUACUAUUGAAUCUAUUUUCAAUGAACUUAAUGGAACAUCUCAAUCUAAUAUUAAGGCUUAAUUUUUGUUGUUAUUAUUAUAUUUAUAAUGUAAAUUAUUAUCAAUUUUUUAAAAGUAAUUUUUAUUAUUACAAUUACUAUUAAUAAUAAUAAUAAUAAUAAAAAUGAUAAUUAAAAAAUUAAUUUAUUCUUCAAGAAUACUGUUCAAGAAUAAUAUUUAUUUAUGAUGUAUUCCACGCCAAAGUGUAAGUCCAUAUGCAAUUGCAUCUCCGAUUUGGGUUUUUUUUUCUUUUAGUACUUAUUGAGACUAGCUUCCAUGAAUUUUUUGAAAUUUUUUUAGCAACCCAUUUUUGAGUUAUGGAAUUUUGAAAAUUGGAGAAUUUUCAUGACUUUUAAUAUUUGAUUGCUCAUAAUUUCCUUAAAAAUGCAUCAAUUUUAAGUCUUUUUUUCAAAAUGUGUGUUUUUAAACGUAGGGGAAUAGUGGCAGGGUUGGACACAGUUUUGGUUUUUUGUUUAUAAAUCUUUUGUUUAGAUAAAUUCAGUCAAUUGUGGUAUAUGGGUGGAAUGAUAUACAAAAGAGGAACACUUCUGCUGUGGACCGUAAAUUGAUUGGUCCAAAAUUAAAAAAGUUAUAAACAUUUAAAAAAAAAAAUCUAGUCAGGGUUGGACUUUUCAGUCAGGGUUGAAUACUUUUUGAAAAUCGAAACGCAUUAUUGGUAAAAACGUAAAAUAACAUUUGUAAUGUUUUUUAUUCUUAUUUUUUCAUGUUUAUCUUUACUUAUUGUUUACAAAUUGUAAAGUUUCAUGGGUUUAAAAAAGGAAUGAACUCAAAUUACAAAAAAUAACGCUUUAUUGUUCCAAAUAACUCAAUGAAAUGAUGAACAAAAUUUAUACAAUUUAAGUAUUAUUUUUCUAAUAUCUUUGGCACAAUUUUGCACUGAAAUAUUAAUAAAAUAAAAUUUAUUUGUAUAUUUAUUUAUAAAUUGUGUCAAAUUCAUAAUUAAUAUGGGUGUCCAUCCCUAACUGUAUAAAGUGUCCAACCCUAACUAGAAGCAUCAUUUUCGAAUUGUGCUAACCAUAACCAGACAUGUGUCGCGAUUCGAUUUUUCACUUUUUUUCUUCUUAAAUUAUGUACCCCACAAUACAUUCAAU